AUGCCGGAACUUCAUACAGUAUUGUCGCCAGUCUUCCCUGCCGAUAAGGACUUGGAUAUUAACGAUGACACUGAACCGUUAGCCCAAACUUCUUCCGUCCAAAUAUUUGUUCAGUUGGCUGAGCCGGUGGUUUUUUUACAGGGGUUUGAAAUCCCUCAGACGAGUGAAACUCAACCGAGUCUGUUGAGAGGAUCCUUGAUUGUAAGGGUUUUGAAGCAAAGUAAGCUGAAAAACAUAUCGUUGACAUUCAAAGGGAGCUCUAGAACAGAAUGGCCGGAAGGUAUACCACCAAAAAAAUCAGAGUUUGUGGAAGUCAAUGACAUUGUGAAUCAUACAUGGCCAUUUUAUCAGGCAGAUAAUAAGAUCCACAACUCCCACGCUAGUUCAUCUUCAUCGAGAAGAAAUUCUGUGAGCUCAACGAGUACUGAGAAUGAUCUUAAUCUACAACUGUUGAAGGAGAGUGGUGCUUCAAUUUAUAAACCGCUAGUACGCCAUAAGCAUUCGGGGUCCAUCAAUGCAUUAUCUUCGUUGUCACUCAGCUCGCCCUCUUUCAAUGAUAACGUGAAUGAAAAUUCGACAGCGAAUGGUGGUAGAUCUUUAUCUCCAAUUUCAAUACUUCGAAGAGCAGCAACGCCUGGUCCUAAGCACGAGGAUCAUAGAACUCAUAGAUCUGGUACAGCCACUUCUUUAAUAUCAGACAUUUUGGGAGGUUCGUUUUCAUCCACAAAUGAAAGUGCGUCUCCAAACACAAACGGGAAAUCAAACGGUAGCGGAAGUAACAACCAUACUAAUUCUCAUGGUUAUAGUCUCAAUGAGAAUAGUAACAACAACAUUAGUGCUAAUACAAUUACCAGCGGGUCUGGUAAUGAACAUUUUGCGUUUCCACCAGGCGAUUAUAUUUAUAGUUUUGAACAGGUAAUCCCAGCUUCCUAUCCAGAGACAAUAAAAGCUGAUUUUGGAUUUGUUGAGUACCAAUUAUUGGUAAGUGUUGAGAGGUAUGGUACUUUCAAAUCAAACAUUGCGGCAAGAUUUCCCGUCACUAUAGUUCGCACUCAAUCAGACACUUCCAUUGAGGAAACUGAACCAAUUGCCAUAUCUCGUGAUUGGGAAGAUCAGCUACAUUACGAUAUCGUUAUUGCUUCAAAGGAUAUUAUACUAGACGCAUUUCUGCCAAUAUCUUUUUCAUUUUCACCUUUGGAUAAGGUGACCUUGCAUCGCAUAAGGAUAUAUCUAACAGAGAGUCUGGAAUACUACUGCCGUAAUAACAAAGUUCAUCGAAUGGAAACAACUAGAAAAUUUUUGUUGGCAGAACAUUGUGGUAAGAGAUUACCAGGUGUACCAGAAAAUCAACCACUGAAGGCGAAAAAUAUGUCAAAUUUAUUACUGGAUGAAUCCAACGGGGAUUUGGUUAAUAAAGAUUACGACUAUCAAGUGUUCGUUCCAAGCGUUGUUAAUAAUCAUCAGCAUUUACAUCCAGAUACAGGUUUCGACAAAAUUAAAGCAAAUCAUUGGAUAAAACUUUGCUUGAGGCUUUCUAGAGUCGUUGAUGGUAAAAGAAAGCAUUAUGAAAUUAGCAUUGACUCCCCUAUUCAUGUACUGCAUAAGUUAUGCUCACAUGCGAACACUUUGUUGCCAAGCUAUGACAGUCAUCUUAUGAUAAACGAAUCAGCAAUGUCUAACAUGCCGGAAUUUGGAAACAUUAGUAAUGUUAGCAUUUACCAUAGUUCGAACUUUUUCUUCCCAAAAGAAAUUUUACAAUCCCCUGUGCUAUCUCCUGAAGUACAUGCAUUAGAUGCAAAAAUUGGUAGUAGUCACUCGAGGAAUUUGAGUCCAAGACCCAUCAGAAAUCAGGGCCGUAAAGAAUCGCACUCAUCGGAUGACCCUGCAGUAAUGUCGUCUCCUAAAUUCAGAUCCAAUAUUUACCAACCUGAGAAUAUUCAAAGAGAAUUGACUUCGCCUCAAGCUGUUCCAUUAUCCCCCAUCGUAUCUCCAUUGAUUCGACCAGUGGCUACUUUAGAUGCUCCACCGGAGUUUGAUUUUGAUUCUCCCAGUGACCCGCCAGCAAUUUUUCUCCAGAGAGACAUGCCUUCUGAGCCCCCCACAUACCACGAAGUAAUGAAAGAAGACGGCGUUGAUUCCAAUUCCAUUGUACCUAGGGCAACAAAGACAAAUAUUCCCAAAUUGAUGCUGAGCAAGUCAGAUGAAUCAUUGGUGAAACCGCAUUCGCAAUCUAUUCACACAAUGCUUAGAUCGCGUUCAAAAAAUGACUCGAAAACUAAAGACGAAGAGGGUGAUAUAACUUCUGGCUUCAGUUUCCAGGGAGUAUCAAAAGUUUCUCCCAAUUUGCCUAGCGCAGUCCUCAAAUUACCACCAUCCAACGGGAUGAAUCUGAGUCCUGAUGUCAGACGCGAUAGGACUGGUAGUUUUUCUGGCGUUCUUCCUUCAACCAUUCGCAAUGGUAGCACUUCAUAUAAUGACAUGAGUUCCAUUCUAUUUGGCGAUGGCAAAGACAAUGAUGAAGCAGAGGGAGAAAUGCUGAACAAGGUCAAUACAGAACGCUCCGAUACGUCGUCCUUCGCUAGAUCUGCCAGAUCUUCUAUAGACAGUACAGAGAGGUUUUCCGGUUCAUAUAACAUGCAACCACUACUUCACAGAGAAACUAAUCAAAAUUACAACCCAGAUGAUAGCAUUUAUCAAUCUAGAGAUUCCAUUAACAAUUAUUCAGAAGAGCCCCUCGGGGCCUCAGUUGAUAUAACAGCACUCUAUGACCGCAAUGCAAAUGGAUGGCAUCCUUUGCAGGAUAAUGGAACAGGCCCAUUGUCACCAGUAAGUAGUCCCGGAUAUUCCGCAAACGUGGCUAAUUCCAAUCACGUUUUGGAUGAUUUCAGGAAGGCGUUUGGUGGACCUGAGAGGAGUCUACGGGAAAGCAGUUCAAGCACUUUAAGGGCUAACGACCAUGCAUUUACAAGACAGAAUUCAGCAACAAUUGACAACACGAAUCGAGAUGCACCAACAUUACCUGGAGAAAAGCAGCUCUUCAAAGAGACAGAUCGUGAAACGUCGCUCCAUUCAAUUAAUGGUGGUAUGAACUAA